CGGAAGUGCGUCACAAUCACGGAAACAGCGGCGGGUUAGCGGUCUGUUGGAGAGUCUGUUGCAGAAGUGUUUCUGUCCGGUCUGUCUGUCUGCCCGUCCACCAUGGCGGACAUCAAGAAUUUCCUGUAUGCCUGGUGUGGAAAAAAGAAGCUGACGCCGAACUAUGACAUCAGGGCUGCAGGGAACAAAAACAGACAGAAGUUUAUGUGCGAGGUCCGCAUUGAUGGCUUCAACUACAUUGGGAUGGGAAACUCCACCAAUAAGAAGGACGCCCAGACCAAUGCUGCCAGGGACUUCGUCAACUACCUGGUCAGAGUUGGAGAAAUGAAGGCGGCUGAAGUCCCAUCUCUGGGGGUGGGUGAUGUACCUGAUGGAGGAGGAGGAGGAGGAGAAGGGGGCGGAGGAGGAGGAGGUAAUGAAGGCUUUGGAAACCUGCCGUCCACCGGUCCACUGCCCCCUCACCUGGUGGUGAAAGCUGAACAAGAGGAGGGCCACAGUGUCCCUAUCCCAGGUGUGACAGGACUGGGUUACUCUGGAGGAGGAGGACCUGGGUGGGGAGGAGGAGCAGGAGGAGGAGGAGGAGCAGGAGGAGGAGGAGGAGGAGCUGAGUGGGAGCGAGGAGCCAACCUGAAGGAGUACUACGCCAAGAGAGAUGAACAGGAAGCUCAGGCGGUAAGACAUCGCUUCGGAGUGGACCUGAACGCCAGUCUCCAUGGCAACUGGACGCUGGAGAACGCCAAGGCCCGUCUGAACCAGUUCUUCCAGAAGGAGAAAACCAGCGCUGAGUAUAAAUACAGCCAAGUGGGACCGGACCACAACAGGAGCUUCAUAGCAGAGAUGCAGCUGUUUGUCCGGCAGCUCGGCAGAAGGAUCACCGCUCGAGAACACGGCUCCAAUAAGAAGCUGGCAGCCCAGUCCUGUGCCCUGUCCCUGAUCCGGCAGCUGUACCACCUGGGAGUCAUUGAGGCUUAUUCUGGAAUCACCAAGAAGAAGGAGGGAGAGACGUUGGAGGCGUUUGAAGUCAACGUGUCUCCAGACCUGGAGCAGCAGCUGGCUGGCGUCAUCCAGGAGCUGGGAAUCCACAUCCCCCCUCCUCCCGCAGACCCCAGCACCCCGGUGUCUCUGCUCCAGGGGAAGAUGGCCAUGUUUGAACCGUCGCAGAAACAGGGAGUCGCUGGUGUCGUCCCCUGGUCCCCCCCGCAGGUCAACUGGAACCCCUGGACCAGCAGCAACAUCGAUGAGGGACCCCUGGCCUUCUGUACCCCAGAGCAGAUCAGUAGUGACCUGCACAAUGAGCUGAUGUACCAGCUGGAGCAUGACGACAACCUGCAGAAGACCCUGGCAGAGCGUGAGCAGCUGCCAGUCAAACAGUUUGAGGAGGAGAUCAUGCGGGCCGUUGACAACAACCCGGUGGUGAUCAUCAGAGGAGCGACGGGCUGCGGGAAAACCACCCAGGUCCCCCAGUACAUCCUGGACCGCUUCAUCAAGGGGGGCCAGGCGUCUGACUGCAACAUCGUGGUCACCCAGCCCAGGAGGAUCAGCGCUGUGUCCGUAGCCGAGCGAGUUGCCUAUGAGAGAGGAGAGGAUCUUGGGAAAAGCUGUGGCUACAGCGUACGGUUCGAAUCUGUCCUGCCCCGACCCCACGCCAGCGUCCUCUUCUGCACUGUCGGUGUUCUGCUGCGGAAGCUCGAAGCAGGAAUCAGAGGCAUCAGCCACGUUAUCGUUGACGAGAUCCACGAGAGAGACAUCAAUACCGACUUCCUGAUGGUGGUCCUCAGGGACGUGGUUCAGGCCUAUCCGCAGAUCCGUGUCAUCCUCAUGUCGGCCACCAUCGACACCACUAUGUUCAGAGAGUACUUCUUCAACUGCCCCAUCAUCGAGGUCUUUGGUCGGACCUUCCCUGUUCAAGAGUAUUUCCUGGAGGAUUGCAUCCAGAUGACAAACUUUGUCCCUCCACCAGUGGACCGCAAGAAAAAAGACAAAGACGAGGAAGGAGGGGAUGAGGACACCAACUGUAACGCCAUCAUUGGAAGCGGGUACACGGUGGAGACCAAGCAGUCGAUGGCUCAGAUUAAUGAAAAGGAGACGUCCUUCGAACUGGUGGAGGCUCUCCUCAAAUACAUCGAGACGUUACAGGUGGCCGGCGCUGUGCUCAUCUUCCUGCCGGGUUGGAACCUCAUCUACUCCAUGCAGAGACACCUGGAGACCAACCCACACUUUGGAGGUAACAGGUACCGCAUUCUGCCGUUACACUCCCAGAUCCCCCGUGAGGAGCAGAGGAGGGUGUUUGAACCGGUUCCUGACAGCAUCACAAAGGUGAUCCUGUCCACCAACAUCGCAGAGACGAGCAUCACCAUCAACGACGUCGUCUACGUCAUCGAUUCUUGCAAGCAGAAGGUGAAGCUCUUCACCUCCCACAACAACAUGACCAACUACGCCACCGUCUGGGCAUCCAAGACCAACCUGGAACAGAGGAAAGGCCGAGCUGGCCGUGUGCGACCCGGCUUCUGCUUCCACCUUUGCAGCCGAGCGCGGUUUGAGCGCCUGGAGACUCACAUGACCCCUGAGAUCUUCAGGACGCCGCUGCAUGAAGUCGCUCUGAGCAUCAAACUCCUGAGACUCGGCGCCAUCGGACACUUCCUGUCCAAGGCCAUCGAGCCGCCGCCGCUGGACGCAGUCAUCGAAGCUGAACACACUCUAAGAGAGCUGGAUGCUCUGGACACCAACGACGAGCUCACUCCUCUGGGUCGGAUUCUGGCCAAACUGCCCAUCGAGCCUCGUCUGGGGAAGAUGGCGAUCAUGGGCUGCAUCUUCCAUGUUGGAGAUGCCAUGUGCACCAUUUCAGCCGCCUCCUGCUUCCCGGAGCCUUUCAUCAGCGAAGGCAAACGUCUGGGCUUCGUCCACAGAAACUUUGCUGGUACCCGCUUCUCUGACCACGUGGCCCUGUUGUCAGUGUUCCAGGCAUGGGACGACGUCAGGAUCAACGGCGAGGAGGCGGAGAUUCGAUUCUGUGAACACAAACGUCUGAACAUGUCAACUCUGAGGAUGACCUGGGAGGCCAAAGUCCAGCUGAAGGAGAUCCUGGUCAACUCCGGAUUCCCUGAAGAGAGUCUGAUGACGCAGAUGUUCAACAACGUCGGACCUGACAACAACCUGGACGUGGUGGUGUCCCUGCUGACCUUCGGCCUUUACCCCAACGUGUGCUACCACAAAGAGAAGAGGAAGAUCCUGACCACCGAGGGACGCAAUGCCCUCAUCCACAAAGUGUCCGUCAACUGCCCCUUCAGCAACCACGACCUGACCUACCCCAGCCCAUUCUUCGUCUUCAGUGAGAAGAUCCGAACCCGGGCGAUUUCAGCUAAAGGGAUGACUCUGGUGAGCCCUCUGCAGCUGCUGCUGUACGCCUGCAAGAAGGUCAGCUCCAACGGAGACACCGUGGAGCUGGACGAAUGGAUCAAACUGAAGAUCCCUCAUGAGGUGGCGGGCGGCAUCGUGGGUCUGCGGGCGGCCCUAGAAGCCCUGGUGGUGGAGGUCACCAAAGACCCCGAAUACAUCCGACAGAUGGACCAAACCAACCAACGGCUCCUCAACCUCAUCAGAUAUGUGUCCAAACCGUCAGCGUGUGGACUCAACAUGGCGCCCAACAACCAGAGGAUGGGAGACGGCCCACCUCCUCCCAAGAUGUCCCGCUUUGAUGGAGGAGGCGGCGGCUACAGAGGGGGAGGAGGCGGCGGCUACAGAGGAGGAGGAGGUGGCUACGGAGGAGGAGGAGGUGGCUACGGAGGAGGCGGUGGCUACAGAGGAGGGGGCGGUGGCUACAGGGGAGGAGGAGGAUAUGGAGGAGGAUACAGGGGAUAUGGGGGGGGAGGAGGAGGGUACAGGGGAGGAGGAGGAGGAGGAGGGUACAGGGGAGGAGGAGGAUAUGGAGGAGGAGGUUAUAGAGGAGGUGGAGGCUACAGGGGAGGGGGAGGGGGAGGGGGAGGGGGAGGAUAUAGGGGAGGAUACUAACACUGCCCCGCCCAGAGCAGUGGGUGGGUUCUGGAGUUCUGCUGUUGGUUCGGUUUCUAGUUCUAGUUAGUUCUGAUUCAUUAUCGUCGUCAAUAAAAACAUUUGUACUGUGGCUGAAA